AUGCCACUGAAAAGGACAGCCUUAAAGGGCUUUCCUGAAGCAACAGAAGAUCAGCUAGAGGACCUGGGAAGAUGCAUUGAAAAUUACACAGGAGCUCAUUGUGAAGAAGUUUUUCCACCAAGCUCCAGCAUCCAAACUAAAAGUGACCUGUUUGCAGCUUUUGUGACAUUGACUGUUCUUCUGGGAACUCUUAUCAUUGGAACCCCCUACUUUCUUCUCAAGAAAGGCCACCUUCAGAGGGCCAUUUCAGUCCAGGAUGACAUAGACCUGGCAGAGACAAGCAGUACUGGUGCUCACCACAGUUUCCAAGAUAUUGGACGUCAGAAAACAAAGGAUCAUGAUCUCUGAGAGAUGGGAAACAAGAUUUUCAUUAAGCAGACUCCUACCCAGUUUCUACAAAUGAAAACCAAGUCACUCAUCUAAAAAUCUCACAAUUUCUAAACAAGAGGAUUUAGAGUCUUCCGUUUGCAUUAAAACUCAACUUAUGGUGGUGGUAACCUGGCUUUGAUUGCAUGGGCAUAGAAUGAGAAAGUUUUCUCAAAAAUUGCUGUAUAAGGCAUAGAAAAUUCUCAGAUUUGUUAGUUUUACAUUCUUUGCGUGUUCAAUGUGUUAAACUUGCACUACAAAUCAAUGGCAAGCCUUUUGCUAUCUGGCCUCUUUUACAAAUUUGAGAAGUUGCUAUGUUUGCAACUGAUCUGGUUUUAGGCAAAGUUGAGAGAGCUGU